AUGGGGUUUGGCAAGUAUUUUCUAGCAAUAUGCUUCAUAGGGUUCACCCUAAUUCAAGCCUCCCUGGCACAAAAUUCCUAUCGAGACUUUCUCAACGCCCACAAUGCUGCUCGUGCCGAAGUCGGUGUUGCGCCUCUAACAUGGAACCACACGCUGCAAGUCUAUGCCAAGAAUUAUGCUAACAAGAGGAGGGAUUGCAACUUGGAGCAUUCCAAUGGACCCUAUGGGGAGAACAUCGCUCAAGGCUGGGGCACCUUCACCGCACUAGAGGCUGUGAAGAUGUGGGUUGAUGAGAAACAAUACUACGACCGCGAGUCCAACUCGUGUAAGGGUGGCGGGUGCAUGCACUACACCCAAGUUGUCUGGCGCGACACCAAGCGUAUUGGGUGUGCUAGGGUCAGGUGUAAAAAGGAUGGGGGGAUCUUUAUGACUUGCAACUACGAUCCUAGCGGUAAUUACUAUGGUGAACGCCCAUUUUAAAAUAUUGGUCAUGAAGCCUAGC